GUGAAGUGUGUUUACACAUGAAUCGGAUGACGUGUGUGAGAAAACUGAUGGAAGCGACACAGUUUUAAAGAAAUGAAGACUCGAAAUCAAAUCAUCGCAAAGUGACGGAGUUCAUGACAGCUGAUAACAACAUGGCCAUCACGAGGUCGUCAUUCAACGGGCUGAUGCUGAUGUUGCUCGUGACUUUACCGUACUCUAGAGGCGCGUGUCCGCGCCCGUGCGCCUGUUACGCUCCCGCUGAAGUUCACUGCACCUUCCGCUCGCUCGUCGCCGUGCCCGCGGGCAUCUCCACCAGAGUUCAGCGCAUUAAUCUGGGGUUUAACACCAUAAAUCACAUCACAGACGUGUCAUUUCAUGGCCUCAGACUUCUGGAGCUCCUUAUGAUGCAUGGAAAUAAUGUGCAGAACAUUCCAGAUGGUGCAUUUCAGGAUCUUGCAUCUUUACAGGUAUUAAAACUGAGUUACAACAAGUUGAGAAUCAUCACUGGCCACACCUUCUCCAGUUUGAUGUCACUCAUCCGACUCCAUCUGGACCACAACCGCAUAGAGUUCAUCCACCCAGAUAGUUUUCAAGGGAUGACAUCACUUCGCCUGCUACAACUGGAGGGCAAUCAUCUGCAGAAGCUUCAUCCUGAAACCUUCAGCACGUUCUCUGUGUUCCAGCGCUUUCCCUUCUCCACACUGAAGCAUCUGUAUGUGUCUGAGAACCUCCUGAAGACGCUGCCCAGAGAGAUGCUGGAGAACAUGCCUCAGCUGGAGAACAUCUUCAUGUGCGGGAACCCGUGGAGCUGUGACUGCACCAUGAGCUGGCUUCAGAACUGGAGAACGUCCGGAGUAGUGAAAUGUAAAAAGGACAGAUCAUUUUCUGACGGUCGGCUGUGUCCCCGCUGCUCGUCCCCUCAACACCUGAAGGGAAAACAGAUGUCAGACGUUAAAGAAUUCAUCUGCUCAGGACCAAUCAUCAGCUCUUCUGAAAAUCACAUCACGCAUGAAGAGAACAAAAGUGAACUUCUGCCCGUCGACAGGAUCAAAGUGCCUUUCGGAAACCUCUCUCUGGUUUUAUCAGAUGAACACGGGACCAGAGCGGAUCUGUUCUGUCACAUACUUGAGCCCAGAGACUCAACUAAAAUCAGCUGGAACUACACCAGAUCUCGGCAGAUCGCUGCAAACCUGACUCUGUUUUUUGAUGUGGAAUGUUCUGUGAACAGAGAAAACUACGAAAGCUUAUGGAGGCUGCUGGCUUACUACAGUGAGGUCGCUGUGCAUCUGAGAAGAGAGAUCAUGUUGACCAGACACCCCGAGGUGAGCUACAGAUACAGACAAGACAUCGAGAAAGACGCCUUCUAUUACACCGGUGUGAGGGCUGAGGUCUUAACUCGACCAGCGUGGCUCAUGCAGUCCUUUAUUAACGUGAAAUUAAACAGACCAUAUUCUUCAUCCAAGAGCGUGCGACUCAUUCUUAACACUCAUGUGUCCACCGUCACAGAUCAGUUGAUGAUCAGACAGCAGAAGAGAUCCUGGGUCAUGAUCCAACAAAACAACAAAACACAAACCAUCUUCAGUUCUCUUGUAGGUGGGAUGAUUGAAAUGAAGUGUGAUGUGCAAAGCUCAGAGGACGCUCCUGUGAUUCUCUGGAUGUUACCUGACGGGUCAAGGAUCAAAGCAGCGUCGAGCACACAUCACAACAGAGUGGCUGUCUCUAACACCGGAACGCUUCACAUUAAAUCUGUCGAGCACGCCGACACUGGAGUGUAUUACUGCAUCGUUGAAGUCACGGGAGACAUGGAUAUUCUUUCUUUCCGCUUGGCGGUAGUGGACUCGUCCACACCUCUUCAGGGUGAAGACAUCGGAAGUGCUUUAACUAGAUUCGUUGGCGAGUCUUCCGCUUUGUCAUGUCUUUCUGUAGCUGCACCAGACGCUGUGGUGAACUGGAUCUUUCCGGAUGGCAGUAUAUUGAAUUCAAACUCAUCCAGAGCUUCAAUCUACUCUAACGGGACUUUAUUCAUUCCAUAUAGUCAGCUCAACAACAAUGGAUAUCACAAAUGUGUUGUCAUGAACCAACACGGUGCGGAUGUGAUGGCUACUAAACUCACGGUUUUGAGGAGGAAAGGAGCUCAGCCGCUUCGAACGUAUCCCAGUAGGCCUCAGUCCGCGGCCGGUGUGUCCACUAAAUUAAAAGCGUUUGCGGAGGAUGUUGAAGAGGCGUCUGGAGAUGAGGUCAACACUCAUGAGCGAAUAAUACCCAACAGAAUCUUCAUUAAUCGCAGGAGGGGUCAGGGUUCAUUUGGCCAUGGCAGACGCAGACGACCCUUUACGAAAGACGUGCAGGCUUUUGCAAACCAACGAAAUGCUCAUGCCAAAAACAAAAUGGAUCCACAGAAAUGGACUGACAUUUUGGCCAAAAUCCGUGAGAAAAACACCCGAAAAAAUCCAUCAGUUCACAAAACAACGGCAAAAACUGUACAGAGAGGGAAUGAUGAACAUCCAGCACGGACUGAUAAUACAGAACGUUCAUCUCCAGAUGAUUCUGCUCAACAUGCUUAUAACACACGAACAGCUCAUACCGAGGAAGAAAAUAAAAACAUCACUCACACAUCAAAGGUCAACACCAUCAGAGAUCCUUUAUCUGUUUCUAAUGAUGUCAUCACAGAGGAGAGACAUGUGGGCACCAUAAGAGAUGAAAGGACAGAAAAUAACCAAAUAUAUUCCGGGCCUGUCAUCAAACCUCAAUCUGAGACAGACAAUAAACUUCCCUUGUCUAAGAAUAUCAUCAGAACUUCAGUGUCUAGCUACUCGAACAGCAGCAGUGUUGAGAAAGAAGCUUCACCUGACUCUACACAACCGAGAGCAAGAAAUCACCUGAGCUCAAGACGACGAUACGGAAGCAGGCGGAGAAUGCCGUUAAGAAGACCGUUCUCGAAACUCCCAACAAACAAACCACAGUCAACAACUGAAGGAGUUCUCAAGAGUUCAACUGUCACAAUGAACACAGAUCAGACGACACAAGACAGAGACACAACUGUCUAUCCAACCACUGGAGACACUGACCACAUCUACCCCACAGUAAUCCCAUUGGAAUCUAAUCAAACGCUUAAAACUACUGCCCACAACAGCCCCACAAUUCCAACUGAAGACACGUCUGUCUAUCUGUCCUCUAGAGACACAGACCAAAUCUACUCGACAGGAGACACAUCUAUCCAUCCAACCCCUAACACUUAUAUCAAUCUCACAAUCUCAAUUGGAUCUGUGAAUCCAACCUCUGGAGAAACUCCCAACAGAUACCCUACAAUCCCACUUGAAGACACAUCUAUCCACCAAACCCCUAGAGCCACUGCUCACCUUUAUCCCACAAUCUCCACUGGAUCUGUGAAUCAAACCCCUGGAGCUACUGUCAAAAAUAACCCCACAAUCCCACCCGAAAACACAUCUUUCCAUCCAACCCUUAAAACUUACCCCACAGUCCAAGCAGGGGACACAUUUGUCUAUCCAACUUCUGAAGAAACAUACCACAAUGACACUGUUAUCCCACCUGAGUCUGUCUAUCUGACCCCUAAAACUACUGCCCAUGACAACCCCACAAUACCACCUCAAGAUUUGUCCGUCCAUCCAACAUCUGGAGAAACUGUAAUCAAAUAUCCCAUAAACCCAACUAGAGACAGAUCUACCUAUCCAUCCCCUAAAACUACUGCUCACAUCUAUCCCACAAUCCCGCCUGAAUCGGUCUAUCUGACCCCUAAAACAACCUCCCACAACAACCCCACAAUCCCACUUGAAGACACCUCUGUCCAUCCAGCCUUUGGAGAAACUGAACACAUAUACCCUACAGACCCAACUGAAGACAAAUUUGUUCAUCUGACCCCUAAAACUACUGCCCACAUCUAUCCCACAAUCCCUCCUGAAUCUGUCUAUCCAUCCACUAGAGAAAAUGACCACAAACAUCCCACAAUCCCAACAGGAGACGCAUUUGUCUACCCAACCUCUGGAAAAUCUGCCCACACUCACCCCAAGACUACUGGCUACAGUUAUACCACAAUACCAACUGUCCAUCAAACCACUGAAGCAACAGUCAACACAACACCAAUCGAUGGAACUACUGGUGAAAAUAAACACACAAAUGUUUUACAGGAGAAAGAGUAUGGAGAUAUUGCAGGAGUGAAGGUGGAGGAGAACAUGACAUCGAUUAUUGUUGACCCAACAUCAACACCGACAUCAGCUUUACAGACAGAUAACAGUGAGAAGGAUAUGACAGCAGAAGAUAGAUUUUCACCUCAAUCACAUUCUUAUCUUCGACCAGAGAAUGAUGCAUUGAAAAGAGGAAAAGAGGAAGAAGAAUCUGUUCAGUUCACUUCAUUUCCACCACCAGCUGUCAGGUUUCAAGAAGAACCCAUUCAAAAUCAAGUGCCGUUACCAUUAACAACAGAGACGCCAACCAAACCUGUCAUCUCUGCAGCGAGACCUCACGGUGAAAACAAUGAGAUUAUCUUCUUUAGACCCGUUUCUACUGCUGAGAGACCUUUGAUUGUUCCAGCAGCGACCAUCACCUCCAUCACCACCAAACCCAUUAAAACAACACCACUGCCGACAACAACCACCAGCACCAAUACACCAGCUGUCCACACAACACCCGACCAAACCCUACAUCACAACAUUAUCCCAUUUUACACCAGAAACACUGGAACAAAUCAGAUAGACGCCAUGAAACAUGGAAGAGUUCCCAACACAAGAAACAGAAAUCCUAACACUGAGAAUAUAAAUCCAUCUGGAGAUCCUUCUGUAAAUAUAAAAAACACCCAAACAACAUCAACUGCUGGAUCAGACCUUUACACGACAUCCUCAAACAUCACUCAGUCUUAUCAGACAGCAGGAGUGAACAGGAAUUGGAGUGAAGCACUUCCUGUUGUACAGAUGAGACCCAGAAUAAUAACUCCAGGUAAACUUCAUACAGUCACUGUUCCUGCUGGGUCACAUGUUCAGAUCUCCUGCGAUGCUGACGGAGAACCCAAACCUCACCUGAGCUGGACCAAAACCUCCUCAGGAGCUGUUAUGUCAGCAAACACCAGAAUCCAGCGGUUUGAGGUUCAGUCGAAUGGAACAUUGAUGAUUCAGAACGUUCAGCUUCAGGACCGUGGUCAGUAUGUCUGUCUGGCCGCUAAUGUCUAUGGUUCUGAUAAGAUGACGGUGACUCUGGUGGUGUCGGCUCAUGUGCCCAGAGUGACACUUCCACGUCAUCGAGAUCUGAGGGUUUAUCUGGGAAACAGCGCUCUUAUGGAAUGCCAGGCUCAAGGUCUGCCCUCUCCAAACAUUAGUUGGGUUCUUCCGGAUCGUUCUGUACUUCGUACCGUUAGUGAAUCAGACGGGAUGGGAAAGAAGAUGGCGCUGUUUGCUAACGGGACUCUUGGAAUCAAACGCACCAGUUACCUGGACAGAGGGGUUUACAAAUGCAUCGCGAGUAACGCAGCCGGGACCGACAUGCUGACGGUGAGGCUACAGAUUGCAGCGUUGCCUCCGAUGAUUCAUCAACAGCGCAGAGAAAACCAAACGGUGCCAGACGGUCAGGACUUCUUCAUUCACUGCACUUCUGAGGGCUCUCCGAGUCCAUCCGUCCGCUGGGUGACGUUCAGCGGAACACAGAUUCGUCCGUCACAGUUCAUCAAUGGAAACUUGUUUGUUUUCCCCAACGGGACGUUGUAUAUUCGUAAAGCCACAGAGAAGGAUUCUGGGAAUUAUGAAUGUGUGGCUGUGAAUCCUGUUGGUGUGGCUUCGAGGAGUGUGAAUGUGCAGGUAAAGAGAAACUCAUCGCUGGUUAAAAUGAUCUCCAGCUCUUCACAGAAUAUAGACGUUCAGUACGGAGGACAGUUGAAUUUACAGUGUACUGCCGCUGUACAACCCCAGCCCAGAAUCAUCUGGAGAACACCCUCUAAAAAACUAAUCAACGCACAUUACAGCUCUGAUGGAAGGAUGAAGGUGUUCAGUAACGGUUCUCUCAUCAUCAGUCCAGUGACGGAGAAGGAUGCUGGCGACUAUCUCUGUGUGGCCAGAAAUAAAAUGGCUGAUCAUUAUUUGCUGAUGACGGUGAACGUGUUGAUGAAAGCUGCUAGAAUCCAACCCAAGCCACUCAACAACCACAAAGUGUCAUACGGAGGUGAGCUGAAAGUGGACUGCAUUGCUUCAGGUCUUCCUGACCCGGAGAUCGCGUGGAGUCUUCCAGACGGCACCCGGAUCAACAGCGUCCUGCCUUCAGAUGAUAGCGCCGUGCGCAAUAAGAGAUACGUGGUGUUUGACAACGGCACCCUCUACUUCAAUCAGGUGGGCAUGAGAGAGGAGGGAGACUACACCUGCUACGCUCAGAACCACAUGGGUAAAGAUGAGAUGAAGGUUCACAUCCAGGUGUUGGCGGACGCGCCGGUGAUCCAAAACAACACUUAUCAUGCGUUGAGAGUUCAUCACGGAGAGACGGCCGUCCUCCACUGCAGUGCUAAAGGAAAACCACCUCCCACUGUCACAUGGACGUCCCCGACUCAUCACGGCGUAUCACCGGUGUCAAACAAACUCCAGAUCACCAGUGAUGGCACGCUGCACAUUCACAAGAUCCAGAAACUUGACAUGGGAAAUUAUACGUGUUUAGCGAGAAAUGUCGCAGGAACGGACAGGAAAGUCGUCCAUGUUGAAGUUCUCGCGGACAUUCCUGUUAUAAAUGGAUUCAAGGACGGUUCAGGAAUUAUCAGGAUGACGGCUGUGACAGAUCGUCGUGUUCUUUUAGACUGUAGAACUGAAGGAAAGCCUGUUCCUCAGAUCACAUGGGUGCUGCCCAACAACAUCACCCUUCCUGUGCCGUACUACAGCUGGAGAAUCACCGUCCAUCACAACGGCACUCUAGACAUCAGCUCGCUGAGGAUGACUGAUACUGGUGUGUUCCUCUGCAUGGCCCGGAACGAGGCAGGAGAAGCUAAACUUCAGAUCCACCUCCAUGUGACUGGUGAUAUGGAACAGCCACGGUUAAGAGAUCUGCCUGUGGAGCACAUCCCGAUGACCGAUGGAGCAUCGGUGACUCUCAGCUGUUCUGUCGACGGUCGGCCCGCACCGGACAUCACCUGGACUCUACCCAACGGCACGUCUCUCCUCAGAGGAACCGCUGCUUCACACUUUCAUCAUAGACUGGAUGGAUCUUUGUUCAUCCGAGAAGCUUUGGUUUCAGAUGCGGGCCGUUAUCGCUGUGUGGGGCGUAACAGUGCAGGACAUGUGGAACGCACCGUCACGUUGGAGUCCGGCAGACGACCGGAUAUAUUUAACACCUACAGUUCUCUGGUCAGCAUUAUCAAUGGCGAGAAUUUACAGCUGAACUGUCAAUCCAAUGGGAAUCCAGAACCCAAACUCACAUGGACUCGACCUGACGGAGUCAUUCUGACCCGACCGCAGCAGAUGGGCCGUCACUCUGUUCUGAAGAACGGAACCCUGAGCGUCCAGAGAGCAUCUGUUUAUGACCGAGGAAUAUACGUCUGUCAGACUACAAAUCAACACGGAUCAUCCAGUCUGAAGGUGUCUGUCAUCGUCAUCGCGUAUCCUCCACGCAUCACCAGCGGCCCGCCGGCCGUCACGUACGCCAGGAGUGGCGUCGCGCUUCAGCUUCAGUGUUUAGCUCUGGCAACACCUAAAGCAGAGGUGAUGUGGGAGACGCCCGAUGGCAUUCCGUUGAAAGUGGGCAUCCAGCCGCGUCUCUACGGGAAUAAAUAUCUCCACCCGCAGGGUUCACUGACCAUUCAGAGCCCGUCAAAACAAGACAAUGGGUUAUAUAAGUGCAGCGCUAAAAACGUGGUAGGAAGUGACAGCAGAUCAACAUACGUGUAUGUGUUCUAAUGAGCGUACAGACACGCCUAGAGAACUGUGUCAGCCGCCAAUAGAAUGUUUAUGUUCCCCCGAAAAUCUUAUUUGUGUCAUUGACGAUCUGCACAUUUUAAGACCUCUUUGUGUCUUUGGAACAGAAAUAAAGAUAUUUUUGAUGACAUCCAAGAGCUUUCCAGGCCUCCUCAGAGUAAUUCUGUGAUCAGAUGGACCAUCUUAAUGAUGUCUGUAGUACUUUUCUGGAUCUUGAUGGAGAGAAUGACACUCUAUGAGGAGGCCUGGACAGAUCUCGGAUGUCAUCAAAAACAACUGUAUUUGUGUUUCGAAGACGCAGGGAGGUCUUCAAACGUGUUGAACGUCAUGUGGGUGAGUAACAACAUUUACAUUUUUGGGUGAACAAGCCCUUUAAGAUUGGUUUAGAAGUUGGUUUGUAGACUUGCUUUCCAUCUGUGCAACCUCUCAUACAACGACUCAUAGAUUAAACCAUGGCUUUAAUAUGAUUAGAUCUUGAGUUCACGCUCAGUUUCUUUGGAUUAAAGUCAAAUGUAAAUGUUAACAGUCACUUUGUAAAUAGAGUUGUGUAUAAAAGUGAUAAUGUAGUGCAGUGUGAGAGAGAGAGAGAUUCUCUGGUCGUGCAAAGCUGUGGGUGUUUCCAACAGCAGCAUGUGCUUCAGAUCAUAUAAUUAAACACUGUGUGUGUGUGUGUGUGUGUGUGUGUGAGUGUGUGGCUUGUUUUUAUAUAACCUUUACCUGAAUACACACCAACACAUGGGGUCUCGUGCCACCGUGAGGACCUAAAUUAAGGUCCCAAUGGGCAAAAAAUCUUAUAAAUCAUACAAAAAGUUUUGAAUUUUGAAAAUGUAAAAAGUUUUCUAUGAUCUUUAGGUUUAGGGGAAAAUAUACAGUUUCUACAGUAUACAACUCAUUACACCUAUGGACUGUCCCCAUGGAGAUAAUAAACCAGACGUGUGUGUGUUUUAUCUAUAAAUUGAUCAUACGUCUGGAAGUGAAAUUAUU